AUGUGUGGAGAUGGUGCUAAUGAUGUUGGAGCAUUAAAAGCAGCUCAUGCUGGAAUAUCGUUAUCAACAGCUGAUGCAUCAGUAGCUAGCCCAUUUACAUCAAGAACUCCAACAAUUGAAUGUGUACCGACUAUUAUUCGAGAAGGACGUGCAGCCUUGGUUACUUCAUUUGGUGUUGUUAAAUAUAUGGUAGCUUAUAGUUUAACACAAUUUUUGACAGUUAUUAUGCUAUAUACGAUUGGAAAUAAUUUAACUGAUUAUGAAUUUCUUUUCAUUGAUUUGGGUCUUAUUACAUUACUUGUGUUACUCUUCAGUCGAACAUCUUCGUAUCCAUAUUUAGAUCCAAAACCACCUAGAACAAAACUCAUAUCUUGGCGACCACUUGUAUCACUAGUUGGUCAUUUAGGUAUUUGUUUUGCUUUCCAAGCAUUUAUAUUUGAAUAUGUUAAAAGACAACCAUGGUAUGAACCAUUUGAAUUCAAUACAGAAAAAGUUUAUAUAUCACAUAUAAAUACAGUUGUAUUUCUUCAAUCAAUGUUUCAAUAUAUUUGGGAAUCAAUUGUAUUUUCACGUGGUGCUCCUUAUCGUCGAUCAAUAUUUUCUAAUUGGCUUUUUCUCAUAUCAAUUGUAUUCACAUUUGGAUUCAGUCUUGUUCUUCUUUUUCUACCAGUGAAAUCAAUUUACGAUUUUUUUCAGCUUCGUAUUAUCCCAGAUAUUAAAUUUAAACUAAUAAUUCUUGCUCUUGCACUAUUAAAUUUUGUGCUUAUGUUCAUGUUUGAAGAAUAUAUAAUUGAAAAUGAUUAUAUUAGUUUUAAACGAGCACCAUUAUCUUCAACAUCACGAAAUGAACGAGCUCAAACAGGAACACAUCAUUUACAUAUUGAAAAUAUUCUUCGACUAACACCUGAUUGGCCACCUAUACUUGCCACACCUUCUGAAGAAGAGAAACAACAACAACAACAACAAUCUCCUGAACAUGUAUUGGUCAAUGAAAACAAGAGAAACAAUCAAAUAACAACAAAUGAAUAA